AUGCGUUUCUUCUUUGCUCUCCCUCUCUUCCUCAGCGCUGCUUUCGCGCUCAAUGCCUCUGAGGCCGAACUCAACGUCGCUCAGAACGACCUGAACAUUCUGCAAGCCAAUGGCUGCAGCACCCUGAAGUGCGUUUCCUCCCUGGCCGGUACCACCGCCUCCUGCGCUGCUGCCGCUGCUGAGCUCGGUGCCAGUAUGUCCCUCGCAGUGUCCUUGCAUGUCGAGAGAGAAAAGGAAGAAAGAAAGAAAUGGAGGCUAACGAUUCUCUCCCUACAGACCCUAUUGCUGACCUUGCCUGCUUCGGCUCCGUCGGCACCACCGUUGCCAACGAUGUUUGCCAGGGCUGCUUCUAAAUAG